ACAUUCUUCCAUUUUACCAAGACAAAAAGAACCCAUCUUUUCCUUUUUUAUAAGAUGAAGACAAUCAUGGCUAAAACCCCUCAAGACUCACUCUCUUCCUCCCGCAGAUACUUCCACUGGAAAAACAAGGCCUCCCAAGACGAAGACACCGAAAUGGAAGAAGAAAUCUUGAAUUUCACCCACAAAUCCCUAGACAAAGACAAGCCCAAAUCAGAAAACCCCAAGAUUUUCCCAAUCCACCAAUCCCCACCCGCCGCCGCGAGAGCGAAUUACCGGAAAAGGGUAUCAGUAAAGCUGCGGGCCGCCCUCUCAUUCGGCAGGGCCCGAUGCCCGUUUUCGUCGGGCCUAGGGCAGCGGGUGGUGGGAACCCUGUUCGGGCAGCGGCGCGGGCACGUCCGGUUGGCGUUCCAGGAGGAUUUCAAGGCGGAGCCGGCGUUCCUGGUGGAGCUGGCGACGGCGACGAGCGCGCUGGUGAAGGAGAUGGCGUCGGGGCUGGUGAGGAUCGCGCUGGAGUGCGAGAAGCGGCAGCAGCAGGAGAAGGAGAAGGAGAAGGAGAAGAAGCUGCUUCUGGAAGAGCCCCUCUGGCGCACCUACUGCAACGGGAAGAAGUGCGCCUACGCGAUGCGCCGCGACUGCGGGCCCGACGACUGGAAGGUGCUCAACGCCGUCGGCCCCAUCUCCAUGGGCGCCGGCGUGCUCCCCGGCGACGGCGAGUUCAUGUACAUGAGAGCCAAAUUCGAGAGGGUCGUCGGCUCCAGAGACUCUGAAGCUUUCUACAUGAUGAAUCCGGAUAGAAAUGGAGGUCCCGAGCUCAGCAUUUAUUUACUCAGAGUUUGAACAUUUCUUCAUAUGUAAUGCUAUUUUACUUUAAUUUUAGUACUAGUUUAAACAUAAGACUAAAGAAUCGAGUGGUCAGAUUGGUAUAAGUUGUGAAUAUGUUGCUGUUUUUUUAUCAAUGGAAGAAGCCCAUGAGCGAUUUCCAGUUUUUUA